AUGAUAUGUCAAACAAAACAGAAGUUCAAGGCUGCUUAUACCAAUAAUAAUUGGUUAGAUGGAAGCAAAGGGAAUUCUAUCAAAGUAGGAUAUAUUUGGCUGAGAGGGCAGAUGGAGACUGUGAGAUGGCAUCACUGGGUUUGGAACUCACUGAAUAUACCUAAGCAUUCUUUCAUCUCUUGGCUUACUAUAUUGGGUAAGCUUCGUACAAGAGAAAGGCUAGGUAUGGUAGGGAUAUGCUCUGAUACAAGUUGUUUAUUAUGUACAUCUGGUAAUGAUUCAUGCUCACACCUAUUCUUUCAAUGUGAGUUCAGUCAUCAGGUGUGUCAGGGGGUUAUGGGAUGGUUUCAUAUCCAUAGUAACUCACGAGAAAACUUAUAUGUUCAUUGGAGGAAAUGGGGUUGGAAGUUCAAGACUAAAUACCAACAGCAGGUGGCCUAUGCAAGCCUUGCAGCUGUGGUAUAUCACAUUUGGAGAGCCAGAAACAAUGCAUUGUGGAAUCAGAUUGUGCUGAGACCAGAUUUGGUUAUCAAACAAAUUCAGGUAGAUGUUUGUAUCAGGAUGAAAGCUAAACUGAGCAACAGAUGGAGUGAAAGAGAUAAAACCUGGGCUGCUAGUUUGAUGGUCUAA